UAUCUCAGAAUAAGGAGACCGAGCAAGCUGAGAAGGUAACUGAGUGCCAAAAAUCUGGAACAUGUCAGCAGUUUCAAUCCAGUCGUGCAGUAGAUGGAAACAUUAGCACGUGUACAAGGACUGCAAAAAUUGGAACACCACUAACAUUUCCAGAUAAACGGACAUGGUGGUACAUUAACCUUGAGAAAGUACUUAGCAUUUACAGCAUCAGAAUACAGUUCAAAGACUAUGGAGAACAAUAUGUCAUGAGACAAAGAGGGCGUUUUGCUGGUUUUUCACUCUAUGUGUCGAACACAACUAUAAAGGAAGAUGGGUAUCUGUGUUACAAGAACGGAAAGGAGAUACCGACCUUGGAUUUCAGUACAACUUGCGUCAAACAUGGACGUUACGUAAUAUUUUACAAUGAAAGACUUGACGGGACAACUUAUCCUACCGGAUAUCAAAUAGAGACAGUUUUCACUGAGUUGUGUGAAGUAACUGUAACAGGUUGUGAAGAAUCCGGUGUGUAUGGAUAUAUCUGUGAUCUACCCUGUCCAAACAACUGUCAGGAAUUGAGAUGUGACAUUGUCAACGGAACGUGUUUGGGUUGUACAGCAGGAUGGGUGGGGGAGUUUUGUAACACAUCAUGUCCAGCUGGAUAUUACGGUUUACAGUGUAGAUCUACGUGUACUGGACACUGCAGAGACAACCUGUCCUGUAACCACACCACUGGACAAUGUGACUAUGGAUGUGGUAAUGGAUGGACAGGAACACAUUGUAACACACAGUGUCCUGCAGAAUCAUACGGCCCUGAUUGUGUGUAUAACUGUAGUGGACAGUGUCUGAGUUACCUCCCCUGUAGCAGGGAAACAGGAAGAUGUGACAGAGGUUGUAAUCCAGGAUAUACCGGGGAACUCUGUGACAAAGUCUGUUCAGUUGGUCGGUACGGAUUGAAUUGUUCAGAGAGCUGCAGUUCCUAUUGUCGAUCUGAAAGUAAUCAUUGUAACCACAGAGACGGACAUUGUGAACAUGGAUGUGACGAUGGAUUCAAAGGAAAUAGAUGCGAGGAAAUUUGUAAUGAUGGCUGGUAUGGAGAAAACUGCUCUGCACGAUGUAACGAGAACUGUGUCAAUCAGUCAUGUGACCAUAUCACAGGCAGCUGUACAUACGGAUGUAAACCGGGAUGGAGGACCCUCAAAUGCGAAAAGAUUUGCAGUGCUACGUUUUAUGGAGAAAACUGCUCUGUACGAUGUAAUGAGAACUGUGUCAACCAGUCAUGUGACCAUAUCACAGGCAGCUGUACAUACGGAUGUAAACCGAGAUGGAGGACUCCUCACUGUAAACAGGAAUGCUCAGCAGGAAAGUAUGGCAAAGAUUGUGGAAAUCCAUGCAGCAAUCAUUGCAGAAACAUGACAUGUAAUCACAUCACUGGAUCUUGUCUGGAGGGCUGUACACCAGGAUAUUUGGGGAGUUUCUGCAACAAACCAUGUGACGAAGGAACAUAUGGACUCAACUGCUCCCAGAAUUGUUCUCAGUACUGCCUCGGCGUUUGUGACAAUGUUGACGGAUCCUGUGCGUGUUCCGCUGGGUGGGCGGGAUCCCCUGACUGUAGUGAAAACGCACCUAUUGUCUGUAAUAACGACUAUAGUACUCCAGAUGCAUACAUCGCAGCCUUUUCUAUUUCACUGGUCAUCAACUUCGUCCUUCUUGUUGUCAUUGUUAUAUUAUUGAGGGUAAUCUAUAACAGAAAACAAGAGAAGCGUUCCUCGGACUAUAUAGCUAGUGCUGAAAUAUCACCGCCAUCACAAGUCAGCAAUAACGAUGUACACCAGUAUCAGGAACUCAACAUGUCCAAUGAUAGUUCAUAUCAGAACCUGUCAUUAAGAGAUCAUUUAUAAAAUGUAUAUUAAACGUAACUUAUUCUUC